AUGGUUAAGGCUCAACAGGAAGAGGCUUCUAUCGGACGUAUUCAUAAGGUCGCCGGUCCUUUGGUCGUGGCUGAUAACAUGUCCGGUUCUAAGAUGUACGAAGUGGUUCGUGUUGGUUGGGAGAAUCUUGUCGGAGAGAUUAUCAAGAUUGAGGGAGAUACUGCCUCAAUUCAGGUUUAUGAAGAUACUGCUGGUUUAACUGUUGGUGAUCCGGUUAUCAAGACUGGUAAACCUCUUGCUCUUGAGCUAGGACCUGGUAUCUUAAUAAUAUCUUUGAUGGUAUUCAACGUCCUCUAG